GCGUUCGCCGUGCGGAUAUUUUUUGUCCAAGUGAACGUGCCGUACAAGUUCUGCUGGAGAUCCGUAAACGUGGUGAUCCAGGCACUUCAUCAAAUACCUCUCUCUGGAUUAGUCGUCAAGAUACUGAAGCCUCGACGCAGUAUUUUAAUGAAGUAAAAAAAUCAUCUAAGAAUGAUCCGUGUCUGGAUUUUCCGUCUCGUUGCGUGGUGGAGCUUCUCGGGCUAGCUUGUUAGCUUGUUAGCCGCUAACGAAGAGACGCAUUUGACACAUCGCUUACGAUCAAGUGCGAGUGUGAAUUGUUGUGAUUAUCGUGUGAAAAUGUGCGCGAGGAUGACGGCCGAGUACGUGGGGGAACUUAAUGGAGCAAAAGAGGACGACGAGCUGGGACGACUGGACGCUGUUUUGAAGAGGCCUCCACUUCCGAUAUACACAGCGGAUGUCAGUGAAGAAACUCUUUGUCCUGAGCUCCUGGGGCCAGAGCACCUCCACAUCAAAGAGGAAAAAGAGGAUGAGGGAGGCUUCCACCCUGAAGAGGAAGAGCAGCCCAAGACAGCCGACAUUAAAGAGGAGGACGAGUCUUGGACUUCCCAAAUGGAUUGGGAAGAAGAGCCAGGGCCCUCCUUCAUGAAAGAGGAAGACCUAGAGGCUGAUAUCACCCAAUUCCCAUUGACUGUCAUUGUCAAGAGUGAAGAUGAUGAUGAUGAUGUAGAAAGUGAUGGAGAUCACUGUGGAAGAUCCCAAUUAGACUGCCUCUCAGCGCCGCCACAAAAUGGUGACGACGCAACGUCACACAAUCCUCAGACUGAUGAUGACAAUGCUGAAAAUGAACAUGCUCGAGGCGAUAUGACCAUUCACAGUGACAACAAGUGCUGGAAAUGCCCAGAGUGUGGCAAAAGCUAUAUUUCAAAAUAUACUUUGAAAGUACACAUGAGAAUACACAGUGGAGAGAAGAAUUUUGCCUGCGCAGUUUGCGGCAGAAGAUUCCAUAUGAAGACCGAUCUCAUAAGGCACAUAAGAACACACACGGGAGAGAAACCUUUCGUCUGCUCAGUUUGUGGCCAAAGAUUCUCUUUCAGCAUAAGUUUAAUCAGGCACAAAAGAACACACACUGGGGAAAAACCAUUUUCUUGCGCCGUGUGCGCUAAAAGAUUCUCUGAAAAGGGACAUUUAAGAACACACACUCGAACACACACUGGAGAGAAACCCUUUGCCUGCCCAGUAUGUGGACAGAGAUUCUCUGUCAAGGCAAGUUUAAUUAACCAUACAAAAAUACACACUGGAGAGAAAUCUUUUGUCUGCUCUGUUUGUGGUCAAAGAUUCUCCGCAAAGGAACGUUUAAUUCGGCAUAUGGGAACACACAUGGAAGCUAAACCUUUUGCUUGCUCCGUUUGCGGUCAAAGAUUCACUCUGAAGGCAGAUUCCGUAAGGCACACGAGAAUACACACCGGGGAGAGGCAGUUCUCCUGCUCGGUUUGCGGUAAAAGAUUUGCUCAGAAGGGACAUUUAGGAAGACACGCCAGAACACACACCGGCGAAAAACCAUUCGGUUGUCGGGUUUGUGAUAAAAGAUUCUCUCGUAAAGAUAAUGUGAAGAAACACAAGUGUGCUGGUGAGGCGAGCAGCACUCAAUGAGGAUUUCAAUUUUCGGGCUGAAGAAAUUGUUUUUGUGGUAAGCUGUACAAAUGUAUCACUGAGCGACGACUCCUUGGUGAAUUGGCCCUCUUUUCACUGAACAGAUAAAUGUACUGUCCGUUUUCUAUGAAUCACUCAUUGGAAAAACAUUAGCCAAUCAUUCGCUCUCUGUUCACCACGGAUACCACCACCCCUGUUCUCCAUUUUAAACUCUUCAUACCACCUCACCUCAUUUAUGCUAAUGUUAAGAUAAGAGAAAUUCCCAAUUCACAGCAGCAAAGUUAUGAAAGGAAGUAGAACAACAAAAUAUAGGAGCUGCUGGAAAGGCAGCCACUCACUCGGCGCCAUUUUGAAGUCAAAAUAACAAAAAUAACACAACACAUGGGAGACAGACAGUCGUGCAAUCUUCACCACUUUUCUGCAUAUACUUUGUUGUCUGAAGCAGUUAUAGAUGAGAGAGGAGAGGAUCAAAGUGUCCUUUCACCAGUGGAUCACAGACGUCAUGCUAAAAAUGUGCACACACGUCUGCUACAAGCUAGGUUUUGAAAGCAAACACGAAGCUGUAGCGUCCAUUGACGAAAAGAGAUUAGUUCACUUCUCCUGUCCCACAUAAUCCGCUUCAAACUCCAAGCCGCGACUCCCAGCUCCAAAUCCGCAUCGGCACUCCGCGCCAACGCUCCUUUCUUCUCAUCGUCGGCUCCUCAAGACCUCCAUCCAUCCAGCCGCAGACCGUGCAACAGCACCGAUCUC